AUGCUUCCAGGGGUCGGCGUGUUCGGCACCAGCCUGACCGCCAGGGUGAUCAUCCCGCUGCUGAAGAACGAGGGCUUCGCCGUCAAGGCGCUGUGGGGCCGGACGCAGGAGGAGGCGGAGGAGCUGGCCAAGGAGAUGAACGUGCCGUUCUACACCAACCGGAUCGACGACGUCCUGCUGCAUCAGGACGUGGACCUGGUCUGCAUCAACCUGCCGCCGCCUCUGACGCGGCAGAUCGCGGUCAAAACGCUGGGCAUUGGAAAGAACGUGAUCUGUGACAGGACAGCCACGCCUCUGGAUGCCUUCAGAAUGAUGUCAGCUGCCCAGUACUACCCCAAGCUGCUGAGCAUCAUGGGAAACGUGCUGCGCUUCCUGCCAGCCUUUGUUCGGAUGAAAGAACUCCUGGAGGAGGGCUACAUCGGGGAGCUUCUGGUCUGUGAGGCCCAGGUCCACAGUGGGAGUCUCCUGGGGAAGAAGUACAACUGGAGCUGUGACGACCUGAUGGGAGGAGGCGGCCUGCACUCUGUGGGCAGUUACAUCAUCGACCUCCUCACGUUUCUGACGGGGCAGCGUGCGGCCAAAGUCCACGGCUUCCUCAAGACGUUCGUCAAGCAGACGGACCACAUCAGGGGCAUCCGUCAGAUCACCAGCGACGACUUCUGCACCUUCCAGAUGGCACUCGAAGGAGGCGCCUGCUGCACCGUCACGCUGAACUUCAACGUCCCGGGGGAGUUUCGCCAGGAGGUGAUCGUCGUGGGGACCGUUGGCCGGCUGACGGUCACGGGGACGGACCUUUACGGACAGAAGAACAACGGUACCGCGGGCCGCGGGCCGGAGCUGCUGCUCAAAGACAGCACCCCUCUGGAGAAGGCUUCCCUCCCGGAGAAGGCCUUCAGCGACAUCCCGGCCCCGUACCUCACUGGGAUGAUCCGUAUGAUCCAGGCGGUGCGCUUGGCCUUCCAGGACCAGGAGGACCGGCGCACGUGGGACGGGAGGCCUCUGACCAUGGCCGCCACGUUCGAGGACUGCCUUUAUGCGCUUUGCGUGGUGGACACCAUCAAGAAGUCCAAUCAGUGUGGCGAAUGGCAGAACAUUGCGGUGAUGACGGAGGAGCCCGAGGUCAGCCCGGCCUACCUGAUCAGCGAAGCAAUGCGGCGGAGUAGGAUGUCGCUGUACUGUUAGCGCAGCAGGUCAGAUCUGCUGAGUCAUGGUUUCCUGCCGCGCUGCCUCCACAGUGUGGGACAAACCGUGUGUUUAGUACUCUUUUAUUUAUGAGGAAGUCAUUCCUGUUUAUUAUUAUUAUUAUUAUUAUUAUUAUUAUUGAGUGGAGAUGAGUGACCCGGUGCCAUCUGGGAGUCUUCACCUCACACUGUGGGUCCGAACUCAAACAGCCAAGGAAGAACGGGCCGCUCUGGUUCCGUCAAGUGAAUGUUACAAAGACGUCCGUGUCGAUAGCGUCAGCGUCCGUUGCUUCUCUGUGUGUGAUACAAGUGAACAGAUCUACGGAUCUGGUUUCAUGCAAUGAUGCGUUACAGAAAAGCUGUAACAUGUGGGAGACAUCAGUCGGACGCGUUUGUGCUGAAGCCUCCUUUACAGAGAUGCAGGCAACUUCAUGGAAGUUAAUGAAAGGAUGGAACAGAUCCGUCUUUGCUUCAGUGUCUUCCCUCUUAAUCUGCUGUGACACGUGACUGAGGCCACUGAUCCUGAUUCAAGGUGCAGCUACUUAAAUCGCGCCAGUCACCGUGAGUGGAGUUCUGCGGCUGGUGAUUAGUGUUUGUGACUUUUCAGUUCAGUUCCACCUUUAACAGGUUGCUUCUGAUUUCACUGUUUUCAUAUUAAGCUCCAUACGUUUUCAUAUUUGCAAAUGCACACAAAAGUGUCACAUUUACUUAUUGACAGUGUGUGAAUAUAUGAUUACUGCUGUUUUUGCAACUGCGGCUUUUUUUUAACCGUAGGGGAAAAA